GAAUCGUUUUUGUGAGGAUUCAGCAUCCUCCGGGUGCAGCAGCAGCAGCAGCAGCCCUCCCCCUCUGCAGCCUCUCCAGCAGUAUGCCCGACAUGCAAACGGAAGCAGACGCUACCAUUUUGAAAUACAGCACCGUCUAGCGCCAUGGACAAGAGCCACACAGUGAAGCUCUUCGUGGGCAACUUGGCGUUGGACACCACCCAGGAGGAGCUGUCAGCCAUCUUCGAACCCUACGGCCAGGUGGUCAGCUGCAGCGUGCUGCGGCAGUUUGCCUUCGUUCACCUGCAGGGUGAGGGUGCCGCCGAGCGCGCCAUCCGGGAGCUCAAUGGACGGGAGUUUCGUGGACGGAAUUUGGUGGUGGAGGAGUCGAGGGGAAGGCCGUUGCACUCCACCAAGGUGUUUGUGGGUAAUCUGAGUGGGAUGUGCACCACUGAAGACCUACAGCAGCUGUUCCAGACAUUUGGAAAAGUUCUUGAGUGUGACAAAGUCAAAGCCAGGCAUUCCUCUUCUGCAGGCUAUGCCUUUGUCCACAUGGAAAACAAGGAAGAUGCACUCCAGGCCAUCGAGGCCCUACACGGCACCUCGUUUAAGGGCCGCCCCCUGUCUGUAGAGCUGUCCAAGGUCCAGCCCAGCAAGCAGGCACCUACAGGAAAAAUCCCCUGCGUUAACUGUGGAAAGCAGGGUCACUAUGCUGGAGAAUGCCCUGUGGGGAAGCCUUCUCUGGAGCAGUACCAGAGUCAGGCAGCGGUCCUGGCUGCCGCUGCUGCUGCAGCUGCCGGCCUGCCACUACAAGUCCAACAAAGCGUGCACAAUUCAGUCUACAACACCUCCACCUUUGAUCCCACAUAUGCGGCUCUCACUGGGAUUACUACAGGCACGCGCACUGAUGGAAACCCGGUGAAUCCAGCUGUUUAUGGUGCCCUUGCCAGCCAGGUGUAUGGUGCCAAUGUGGCCAAUCAGCUUUAUGGAACGAUGGCCAGUCAGGCAGCUCUUACAUCAGGUGCCACCCACCAAAUGUACAGCUCAAUGACCCCCAACAUCUACGGCCAGGUGGCUGCAAGUCCGGCAGCUGCAGCUGCUGCUGCUGCCGCUGCUGCCUACGCAACUCCGGUUUACACCCCAACUGUGGCCAACCCCCCUGUCUAUCUGGCUGCUGCUCAUGGAUUAGAAAUGCCAACAGCAGCGGCUGCAGUCAACCCCGCCUACACUGUAGCUCAAGCAAUUUAUGGUGCCGCGACACCAGCCUACGCUCAUAUAAGCGCCAUGGGAGCAGCGGACCCUACUACAGCCAUCUUUGAGGCAGCCAGGCAGGCACAUUACUUUGCCCAGGGCCAGCAGGUUGUGGCCGAGCAGCACUCAGCGGCUGCCGCAGCAGCAGCAGCUGUGGCAAAAUCUGGUGAGAGGGACCGCAGUCCCCUACGGAGGUCGCUACCUCUGCUACCAGACCCAGUGAUGAAGCCGUUCAUGUACCAGAGAGCCAAGCCACGCCGACCCCUGCUCCCCACGCCAGCUGGCCGAGCGGCAGAAGAGGCAGCGGAGGCUGCAGAGGACCCCAUGGCCAGGUACUAUGCAGAGUAUUACCAGCAGCUGCAGCAGUACCCCCAGUUCCAGUAUGCCUACCCACCACCGAGCACAGUAACAGCCAUCCCUGGAAUGCCAGGAGUGUCAGCAGUCCCUACUGUAUCUGCGAUGUCCGCCCAGUCAGUCGCCACGCUGGACGCCCUCAGGCCAGUGGUCCCUACCGCUGCGGCAGUGGCAGCCGCCAUGGCUGCACCCAGGGUGUAUGAGCCGCCGUUGCCGCCGCCCACGCGCAAGGAGGCCAUCCUCCGCCGCCCCGAACUCUCCCUUCACACACCUGAGCCCCCGUUCCGAUAGUCACACACAACUCUCUGCCCUCACCCCUUCCUCUUUGCCCUGAACCCCCACCCCCUCCCAUCUCCUCUUCCACCCCAAACCUGACCACCUUACAGCAGCUGUAUGUGAGUGUGUGUGCAUCUGGGGGCUCAAAGUGUGUGGGGUGGGGUUUGAAACUGGGUGCUCCUUGGUUUAUUAACCUGCUUUACGAGGGACUUGAUCAGCUAACCUUGGUCCUGUUUGCAUACACACAGUGCAGCCAUGAAAGGGAGGCUAUCAUCUGUUGUAUGGGCAUUCUGCUUCUCAGUUUUACUUUUUUAUUGUGCCAGUCUCACACUUGUGCCAGUAUUAGACUGACCCAGUCAGUCAUUUCAUAUGCCUUUAUUUCCGCAACCCAGUUAUGAUUUUCUACGGCCAAAUCUACGAUAAAAGAAAUUGGUUUUUGAACCAGUCAUCAGCCAUCCUCCUUAGGCCUAGAUGAUCAGUUAGGGCAGCUAAUUUGAAACCUUUUUUGCCUUAUGUUGAAGAGUAUAGAUUUGUAAUGUAAUCAGAUGGGAUAGUCAGAUAGUACACAUAUUGUGUACUGGCUGCAUUGCACUGUGUCCAACAGUACCAAGGUUGACAUGUUUUUUUUUUUGGGGGGGGGUGUUUGUCUUGAAUGUGAUGUUGAUGUAGUAUGUGUGAAAGAGAGAGAUAUAUAUGAUGGCUCCUGACCAUGCAGCGCACAAACGCAGCAGCUAAGACUGCUCCUUUCAGAAAAAAAACCCUUAAAGCACACACAAUACGUACUGUAAUGUAUGUUUGGAUCUCUCCUUGACCCUUUUUCCCCACCUGUGCUCUAACUACAACACUGGAAGACACUGCGUCACCUCUCUUUCUCUUUCUAACUACAGCUGCCUACCUCUGACUGUAAAUUUCAGUGUAGAGUCUAUUCUAUCUAUUCACCCAGUCAGCAGUCUAUUUCCUGCUCCUCAUAAAGGUACAGGGUCAGCAGUUUAGGGAGGGAGGAGCCGGAUUUCAGUGACAAUGACUUUUGUAGAUAUUCUGUAUUAAGUCCUCAUACAUGUUCAGAGGCCUUUACAAAAAAAAGUGUUUUGUUUGUUUUAGUGUAGUUUACAUGUAACACAAGUCAACCUGGGGUGUAAUGAAUUGUAAAUGGAAAAAACCCACGUGUGACUACUGAAUGAGCUGUUUACAAAAGAUCUUUACACUGCAUCUUAUUAGGAAUAUGUGACAAGCUCAAUUAUGUGCCUAUAAGCUUUGAGUAAAGUGCAUUAAGAGGAGGGCCCCCCCCCAUUUUAAGUGCUUAUGACUUUUUAAUAAUUUCAAGGGGGGUAACAGGAGCCCUCCAGAGUUUAGUAUCCAGAAGGCUACGAGCAGUGAAGCUUUCUCGUGACUCCUUUGUUAGAUUUGUUUCAUAUCAUAGGGUUUUUAAAAAGCCACAAACUGAGCCUCACAGGUUCAUAAUUAGCCGCUGGUUUUAAGCAGGAAUGACAGUGAUAGCACCAAUGAAGUGACAGUUGGGGCAGUGUCUUCCAGUUGCCCCAACUAUCCUACUUUUUUCCAAAUACCAGACCUGCUUCAGAUUGUAAUUGCAAAAAAAGUUUAGUGUCUGUUUUAAUCUGGUUAUUGGAUCUGGUAGUUGGGGUUUGCUGCAUCUGGAUAACAAAAGCUUGACUUACAAGGUCAGUUACUUUUUGACAUUCAUGAGCUUGUCCUGAGUAGCAAAUUCCACCCAUUUGGUUCUGCAAUCACUUAAAACAAUCACUUGGAGUUUUUCGCAACUACUAUUUGACAGCAGUGAUGCACACACAGACAUGCCCUCUGAAAUCACCUUACUGCCUCGCUGUUUCCCCCUUCCCCUCUCCCUGUGUGGUUUUUAGUGGUUAAGUGACUUUUGCAUCUCACAGUGUAAUCUUUCUGUGUUGUAUAUACAAACACAUACCAGUUGCAUCCUUUGUAGAAUUAUGUGGUUUGCGAAAUGUCUUGUUUGCCAUGUUUGAAAUCGUAUUUUUUAGAGAAGUAUUUUAAUUUUGCCUUUUUUUUUUUUUAGGAAAAGACAAAAAAAAGUAAAAAACAAAUCAGCAUGCUUUUUAAUUGAGAAUAUGUAUACUAUAAUCAUUAUUAUAAUAAAGAAUGUUUGGCUGACUACUGUGGUAAAAGAAAGCAAAGGGUUUGGACAUUUCCCCUUCUUGUUUAUGUUGUUCUUCUCCACUAUCUGUUUCUCUUGUGUAAAAUGACCACCAGACCCAUUUGACUGGGGACCCAGUGGGAGACAGGUGUAGAUGCUGGCCCAGCUUUGCUCACUUUGGUCAGGGUAAGUGCGGGUGGGUGCUCCUUUCUCUCUCCAGCUUCUCAAACUGGGUGCAAACCAAAAUUUCUAUGAAGUGGUUUGCACUUGACAAAAUGCACUCCAUUAUUAAAUCAUGAACAAAGGCUUGGUAUGGUCCUUUUAAAUUGAUUUUCAUGCAGAAAGGACAUUGUACACUGUAAAAUCAUGUUGAGAGCUGGGGAGAGGCACACAGAUAGAAUGGCUUGGGUGCAUUUUGAUCUGUGGAGCAGUCCUGUUCCUGGGGUUGAUGGGUGUGCGUCUGGUCUGGUCUCUCCCUGCUGCACCAAAUUCUCCCCCUCCGUGUGUCUCUGUGUCCACUCUACUCAGACCUGCAUGUGUGAUAAUCUGUAACUCUGCCACAAAAAACCCCCGCGACAGUCCAGCUCUGAACUAACUAUCUCAACUGAAUUAGGUCACCAUGCCACCUGGAACGGCCAGCGUGCAGCCGUGCGUGAGCGUGGCGGCGUGAGCCAUGGGGACGACUUUUAGCGCGACGCCACCGCAGUUGGGACUUGUUCUCUCUCUCUUCACCACCAAGGUAAAUAAAAAACGAAACAAAAACAAAAGCACUGACCUCUCCUCUCCCCACCUGCCGCCCCUCCUUUGACUGUGCCUUGACCAAACACUCCUCCCCCCUCCUCUCCUCCGCCAUCACCACCUCUCCCCUUCUCCCCACUCCGCAACUCCUCCUCUGCUGCAAUGGCAGUGCAAUCGGUGGGGGUGGCUGGUGGGGCUAGGACCCCCUCCACAAGACUGAGUCCUAUCUCGCAUCAGUAUACAAGGCGACUGACUGUGCCCUCUGUGUCCCACUGGUGUCUGAACUAGUGAAUAUAGGGAAGUGUGAAUGAGUGUGUGUCAGAGAGAGAGAGAGAGAGAGAGAGAGAGAGUGUGUGUGUGUGUGUGUGUGUGUGUGUGUGUGUUAAACAGAAAGAGAGCAUGGAUGUCUGAAGAACCUUUUGGGUGGUUUCAUUGAUUGGUGAGGCUUGGCACAUGCGGACACACCCUUCCCCUUCCCCUGCCCGCAAGUCUACUCCUCUCCACCGCCGUAUUCGCCGCCCUCACCCCCCCACCCUCUCUUCCACCUUCCCUCCUCCUUCUCAACCCCACCCUACUGUCCCUAUGCGCCUCUCCUUUCCGCCGUUCACACACACACACACAGCGCUUUUUUCCGCCGCCCCCGCCGUCGCCACCUUGGAUCUGGGUUCGUGGCUCUGGCUCGGACUCAACUUCCCAGAACCACCCACCUGACCCAACCUCCCCACCCUCCUUUGUUACCGUAGAGGCCUGGGCGUGCCAAUGGACAGUGUAUGUGUGGUGGCCCGCCACCGGAACAUGACACAGAGAGACUUCAAUGUUGGACAAGUCGCUUUGCUAAAACUGUUGAAUGCUGGGUUUGCUCCACAUGGCUGUGGAAGGGAUCUUAACUCCUGUUUCCCAAAAGAACUUAGCUCCAUUACAUCUUAAGUGAUAAAUCAACCUCAAACUAUGGAACCUCAAACAAUUUUCUUACCUUUAGGUCCCUCACAGCCUGUGUGCCAAUCAGAAACAUCCUAUAAGAUAGGCCUAGGUAUGAGGCCAGUCUGACCUGUAGAUUCUCAUCAAUCUCAGGGUUCCUAUAGGACUUUUCUGGUAUGGCAGCUCUAUUUCUGUAAUACUGGGAUCAGCUGGACUGGCUGGAUAUGUGUUCUGAGUGACUUGUAUGUGUUCUUACCUGUUAAGAUUGUCCAUGUGCUGAGAUAGAGAGCUUAAUCCUCUCACACACACGAUCCCACACUCACAGGCUUUCAGUAUGUCAAAUGAGUUUUCCGAAAUUUGCUCUGACAGCUGCAAGAACGAGUCAAAGAGGGCGUUGCCUUCUGUCUGCCUAGCAAGAAAGGAAAGGGAAGAAGGACAGGAUUGAAUAGAUGAGUUGAUUAUAAGGUGAGUUGGUAGUGGAAGGAUCCUCUGUCCGAAGCUGCUGCCUAACUUCACCUUCCUGAUCUUGGAGGACCCUGUUGUUGAUUGCCAUAAUAGAUAUACUGGCCAGAAUCUUAUUCUAAAAAGGGCCCUGUUUACACUGGACAUUUUACUGUCCACAGUGUAUCCCGAUAAUGCAGCUUUGACUCUGAGGUGUCAAUUUCUUGGUUUACUAAAAUGUAGAAAUCCACCAAAAAUGAUUUUGCAUUUACAGACAUUGUGUGCUCCCAAGAUAAAAGAAAACGUAAUCUCUUCACGGCAUCAAAUUACUGUACAUGUAGUCAAGAAAAUCAAUGCAACUACAAGUGAAUUUUAUUAUAAUUACCCUGAAAACAGUGCCGCUUUAGAAUGAGUAGAUCAAGGGCUGACUCUCUUCCCGGCCUCCAUGAUCAGGGCGCGUGGUGCUCCAGUUUUUUUCCUCCAGCCAUCUCCUCCUCCCCACUCUCCCAGCUCCUCACUAAAGGCUUCUCCGGGUGCUUGCAAGUCUGGGCUUCCCGUGCUUGGGUGAAUGCAGCCACGCAUCUUUAAACCCCCUUGCUCUGAAUUCAGUCACACUUUACUGACAGCCAAAGCUCACUGCAGCCUCCCCCCUACUUCCACUUCCUCACCCACUCUUCCCUCCUGCCUUCUGCAGUUUGGACGGCUGAAGAACUAUAAUCCAGAUGCUCUUUAUGCACACAUCUCUGUAUUGUGUUGUUUUGAUGGGAUCCCACAGGUUACAUCUGUUCUCCUGCAGCAGGUAUCAGUUGAAAAUGUGCAAGUGUGCAUCUGGAACACACUCCAGUUUGGUUUGAGCACAACCCAUUGACCAUAUUGCCUUUGAGUUUGCAAGCUGAGAUUUAGUAACCAAUGUGACCAUGACUAUUCUAGCUCCUCUAGCACAGAUGUGAACAUACAUCAGACUCGACUGCUGCUCAUCCCUUCAGAUAAAGACAUUAGCGGUAGAGUCAUACCUCAGUCAUUGCCUCAUCUAAAGAUGGAUGCAACAGGAACGCCUGCAGAAUUUAAUGCAGUUCAAUACAAUAUCCCUGCAUUUAUUAAGAAGCUCAAUAUGUUUAAUAUCUGUUAAGAAUUAGUGAUGGUGGUGCAUUGGCGUGCAUUACAUUGUAAGGUGUUCAUGUUAUGUCUGUGUUAAUAUCCACCAGAGGCCAACUCUGUCUUUGCCCCCCUGUGGUCCAAGUUACUAUCAAAACUUUCAUAGUUUCAUUAUGUUUACAGUGAUCAACCCAUCCAAUUCCCUCAGCUCAGUAGUAGCACAGUAAUGUAUCUAAUGGUAACCAUAAAUAGUCACACAGUAGCUAAGCUUCUUCAAGUAGGUUAAUGGACCAAGCCCAGUGUAGUUACAUUUAAAUGCCUGAUUAAUUAGAUUAUAAAUCAUUCUAGUUUCCAAAGACACAUUAAGGGUGACAGAGUAAUGUGUCACCUCAAGAGGAUAGCAAUCUGGAUCUGUUCAUUUCAAUGAAAUUUGUUCCAGCACAAAGUCGAAUGGGAUUUGGGGGGGGGGGUUAGUUGAUGAAUGUUAGAUGAAAACUUUGCAUCAACAUGUUUACUGUGAAUGACAAAUCCUGAUAUAAACACGAAUUAUAUUGUAAGGUUGUGUAUGCAUAUAUAUAUACCUUUUAAUCUGUAUUUCUUAAAACAUUCUGAGGCAUUUUUCAGUCUGCAUGCAAAUCAUGAAUAAAAUCUUUUUUUUUCUCAUAAAA